UAAUAAGUAUAGCAACACGAGAUCACUUUUUUUAGUGCCGUGCGAUUCUCAGAAAUUUGGCAUCUCCCUGAUUAAUGAAGGAUUUAUAUCUGAACGGAUUACAUUGUUAGCAUCGCAAAUACAGAGAAAGUGCUUGAAAUUACAAAAUCCUGAAGAAACCACCUCGAGUGUAGUGAUCCCUUUACUGCAAUAUAAUUAUUGACAUUUAGAAUUCAAUCCAAUAAAAAUAAAGAUCAUUCCUCGUAUUUUUCAAAAUUCUCUUCCUGCAAUCUCAUUCCCUCUUGUUCCAAUUUUGAAAUUACCUCGUUUUCAUUUACGGUUGGUGGUAGACAUGGCGUAUGCAGUCGUAAUAUUCAAAGGAGACAACGAAGUUUCCGAGGUACCAUCUAAUUGGCUUGAAACAAAUGUCGAAGAAUCGUUAUGUUGGUGGCCGACACAUUGCAAAAACGCCAGUACGCUAAUAGCAAAAAGAUCUGAACCAAAUAAAAAGUCGUGGGAUAAGUUGCCUGUAACCAUCGAAAAAUAUUGCACGUCUUAUGAAAAGGCUCGAAAGGUCGCGGAGGAUGCAAAUUAUGCAACUACUGAUGAUGUUCAACUCGGGAAAGGACGCAGACAAUUGAUGCCCAUACGAAAUUCGAGCUCCUCAUCCGAAGACCCCGAAAAUGAAAAUCAAUCUAAAACUUUCAAGCGGAUAAAGCCACGAAACCCGCGUCAAAACAUAUUAUCAGACCUGCCACCGACUCCAAACAGCUCUGUUGAGACAUCAGAAUCUGUAAGAUUUGAAUACUCGCACGAUGUCGUAAAGGCAACAAAAUCAAAACAGGUCACAAAGUCGCACGACAUCACAAGGGUAGUGCGACCCAAAGAGACAGAAGCAUGUGAAACGGAUAACACUGUUUAAACUGUGAGAACAACGGUACUUCAGUUU